AAAGUUCAUUGGACAGAUUUUGAGGGAGAUAAGUAUGUGGAUAAAAAACGUGUGAAAGAAGGAGAAGAUAGUUAUUUAAAAAAUAAGUUUAAUCAACUAGCUAGUGAUAAUAUUAAAUCUGAUCGCAGUGUUCCUGAUACAAGACAUUCUUUAUGUCGAGAUAACCAAUGGAAAGUAGAUUUACCAGCUACUAGUGUUAUAAUUACAUUUCAUAAUGAGGCUAGAUCUACAUUACUACGUACAAUUAUAAGUGUCUUUCUGAGAAGUCCUGAUAAUUUAAUAGAAGAAAUUAUAUUGGUAGAUGAUAACAGUGUAGAUCCCUCAGAUGGAUUAGAAUUAACUACAAUAGAAAAAGUAAAAUUGAUACGCAAUGAACAAAGGGAAGGUUUAAUAAGAUCGAGAGUGAAGGGUGCUAAUGUUGCUAAAGCUCCAGUGUUAACAUUUCUAGAUAGUCAUUGUGAAUGUAAUGAACAUUGGUUAGAACCAUUAUUAGAACGAGUAGCUGAGGAUGCCACAAGAGUUGUUAGUCCCAUUAUAGAUGUUAUUAGUAUGGAUAAUUUUGACUAUAUAGGAGCGUCUGCUGAUUUAAAGGGAGGAUUUGAUUGGAAUCUAGUGUUUAAAUGGGAUUAUAUGACAGCUGAUGAAAGAAAGAAAAGAUCAUCAAAUCCUAUAUCACCCAUCAGAACACCAAUGAUAGCUGGUGGAUUAUUUGUUAUUGAUAAAAGUUGGUUUGAUAAGUUAGGACAGUAUGAUCCAGAGAUGAAUGUAUGGGGUGGAGAAAAUUUAGAAAUAUCAUUCCGUGUGUGGCAGUGUCAUGGAUCAUUAGAAAUUAUACCAUGUAGUAGAGUAGGUCAUGUUUUUAGAAAACAACAUCCCUACACCUUUCCUGGUGGUAGUGGUAAUAUAUUUACUAGAAACACCAGAAGAGCAGCUGAAGUAUGGAUGGAUGAUUAUAAACAAUUUUAUUAUUCUGCUGUACCAUCUGCUAAACAUGUUGAUUUUGGAGAUAUCAGUAAAAGAUUAGAAUUAAGAGAAAGAUUACAAUGUAAACCAUUUAAAUGGCUUUUAGAGAAUGUUUACCCAGAAUUAAAAAUACCUGAAAAAGAAGAUAUAUCAUAUGGUAGUAUACAACAAGACAGUAAAUGUAUUGAUACUAUGGGACAUUUCUCUAAUGGUUUAUUAGGACUUUAUCCUUGUCAUCACACUGGUGGUAAUCAGGAAUUUUCAUUAAGUAAAGAUGGUAGUAUAAAACAUUUAGAUCUAUGUUUAACAUUAACUGGUGUUGGUUCUGGUAAUAUGAUCAAAUUAUUUCAGUGUCAGCGAAAUAAUUCUUAUCAGAAAUGGGAGAGAACAAAUGAGGGUACAAUGAUAAAACAUCGUGAUUAUGAUUAUUGUUUUGAUAGUAAUAGUGAUAAUAAUGCUUUGAUAGCCACAGAUUGUGAUGAUCAAUCUGAAACACAAAAAUGGACUUUAAGUUUAGAGAAAACCUUAAUUACAGUUAGGUUAUAUUAG